UCCACUUUGAAAACAGACACUGAAUGAUUUGUUUGUUGCUCUUCUUAUUAGAAUACAGCAGCAUGCAGUGAUCAUGAAACAGCAAAGAGGAGCUGUAAAAUCAUUGAUGGAGAUGAGUUUGAUUAUGCUGCUUAUGCCGUCAGGACUUUUGUGCAGCACAUCUGAUUUUCCACGAAAGUACUACUACAUAAAUCAGAAUAUGACAUGGGCAGCAGCUCAGAGUUACUGCAGACAGAAGCACAUUGAUCUGGCUACUAUAGACUCUGUGAAUGAUGUGAACAAGCUGAUAAGAACAGUGGAUCCUGGGUACAGAGGAUCAGUGUGGACUGGACUGAAGAGGGCGACAGUGAGUCGAUGGGUUUGGUCUACAGGAGAAGACACUCUUUCACAGUAUAGUAGCUGGUUGGCAGGGGAACCUUCUGGUGAUGGACCAUGUGUUGAAACUCACAGUGGAAUUUGGAACGAUUAUCCAUGUUAUAAUGUUUUAUCUUUUGUGUGCUACAAUGGUAAUUAGUUGUUUAUUUGUGCAAAUAUUCAGUAUAUGUAUGAAAAGAAAUGCUAAAACUGUCUUGCAUCUCUCAAUAGAAAGCGUUGGAAACGUCCUGAUAACAAUUUCAAAAAGCUGGAGAGAUGCUCAGAGUUACUGCAGACAGUAUCACACUGAUCUGGCCACCAUCCACAACUCCGUGGAGCAGAAACAGGUAUAUAGUCUUUUUCCAAGUGGAUGGUGGGCCUGGAUCGGUCUGUUCGCGGACUCUUGGCAGUGGUCUGACCUAAGAAAGUUCUACUUUAGAUACUGGGCAGCAGGACAACCAACAACUGGUGAUUGUGUUGCCAUGUCAACAACUGACUCUGGGAAAUGGGCAAGUUACAGCUGUGACCAAUCACUUCCUUUUAUCUGUUAUGAUGCUUUUCAAAAACAGGUUAUCAGAUUAAACUUGUCCUGUCGUGGAAAAUGCGAUAUGAAUGAUCCUUCACUACAGGCUGUCAUUCUGAAUAAGAUUGGUACAAAGCUAAAGAGCAUAGGACUGGCCAAUUACAUCCGCAUAAACUGGGGAAAAAGAUAAAGGUUAAGAGUUGUUUCAUCUGAAGAGAGCAACUCUAUUGCAAAUGUAAUAAAUAUGAAAACUUUCAAAAUUGUGACUAAUACUAAAUACACCUAAUUUGUAUACUGUUAAUGUCCUAAUAAUCAUCUAAAUUUGAAUCAAUAAGCAUAUUGUAUAAAAUCAACCUUAAAAGUAUCAUGAUUUCUAGACUAUUUUGAAAGCUUGAAUAACAUUGUUAAUCAUCAUGAAUAAUAGUAUUGUUAAUCAAUAAAUCAAAAGAUGUACUUUGGUGCCUUGAACCGUGCCGGAGUACGGUCCCCACUCCACCACAGCCUUGCACUCACACAAUCCCUGCGUCCUAUAAUCUCCAUACUAUCCAUCCUAAAUAGUAUUUGAAAUUAUCAUGUCCCAAAUCAUAGUAUGUUAAAAUGAGUAUCCACAACAAAGUUCCCGGAUGUUUUUUUUUCUAAGUGUGGAUCCAAGGACAUUCAAACGGCUGAUAUUACCCACAAACCACCGCAAAGGGCAGAGUUUAGCUGGGCUACACAGAAUUAAGAAAUAAAAAAAGAUGAAUAACUGAAUCCAUAAAUUAAACUACAGAGUAAACAUUACAUGAAAAGUAAUCAUUGCUAAGAUGAGUUAUAUUCUGAUGUUUGAAUUUCUUAAGGAUUACAGCAUUGUGCUUUGUCACUUCCGUUUUGGUUAGUAUAUCCCAGUGUGUGCAUACUCUUUGGCUGUGCACUCAACAGUAUGUACUUUCCCAAAAUUGAAACAGUACAUACUAUUAGGGCAUAGUAUAAGUAGGUGAUUUCAGAUGCAGCUCCUAUUUAUUUUAUCCAGGCCCAGGCAUGCUUUCGAUAUUAGAAUGUGACUGUUUUAAAGAAAAGAUGAAGUAAAGCGCUCUAUCAGAACAAUAUAACUCAUCAUAAAUAUUUAUUUUAUUAUUAUUUAG